GAUAUUAGUGAUCUGUGUGAUGAUUACGAUGAAAUUUGGAUUGAAGAUUUUGAGCAUUCUGAUACCACAAGAGCCCUUUAUCAGAAAUUCCAGAAUAGAGUGGACUUUAAUUUGAAGACACCUGAGCAGAACCGUGACAAAAGUGAUAGAGCAACAACCGACCAUGCGCUUGAUAGGCGUUCGUGCGCAAUCCUUUAUAAAAUGAUGAGUCAGGGAGUUUACGAUGAAAUAAAUGGUUGCAUCAGCACAGGCAAAGAGGCGAACGUGUAUCAUGCAGUGGGCCCUAACGGCGAUAUGGCAAUCAAGCUCUACAUGACCGCCAUUCUCCCCUUCAAAUCACGAAGCAAGUAUGUUGAAGGUGACUUCCGUAUGCGUCGUGGUUACUCUACAUGCAGCUCCUGGAAGCUGGUGUCGAAGUGGGCAGAAAAAGAGUAUCGCAAUUUGCUUCGUAUCAAUAUGGCUAGAACCAUAUCCGCCCCUGUGCCUAUAAAAUUGAAGGGCGUUGUCCUUCUUAUGACACUUAUUGGGAAAGAUGGUCUUCCUGCCCCGAAACUCAAGGACGUUGUUUCGGGUGACUGGCUACAUUUUGGUCCUCCUCCCGACUGGCCUACUCUGUAUCGUCAAAUCUUGGUGGAUGUACGGACGCUUUAUCAGAAGUGUCGCCUUGUUCACGCUGAUCUCAGUGAAUACAAUCUCCUUUACAUGGAUGGCAAGGCCUGGAUGAUUGAUGUCUCCCAAGCUGUCGAGCAUGAGGCCCCACAGGCUUUGGAUUUUCUCCGCAACGACUGUUACAAUGUAAAUGCUUUCUUCAGACGUCAGGGUGUUUCUACUCUCACUCUGCGCGAGUUUUUCGAAUGGGCAGUAGACCCUAGUCUGCCACAGACGGAGGGUCCGAGCUCCUAUUUAGACGACUUGUUGGCCCUCGCUGAGAAACGGGGCCACAACCAAACCCUCCUCACCGAGGACGACGCCUUCCGCCGCGUCUACGUCCCACGAAGCUUGUUCGAGGUUAAACGAUUUUUCCAAGACUUCGUGCGACUCAAAAAGGGCCUUAUUAAGCCUGAAGAUCUGUACUACACUGCGGUAACAGGGGUGCGUUCAGAUCUUCCUGGGGGCGAUGAGGAAGACAAAUCUUCAUCACCAGAUGAAUAUGAUGACGAAGACGGGCAGUCAGCUGAAGAGAAGAGGAGAAAACACAAUGAAACCAUCGGUGAAAAGCCAUCAACCUUCCAGUCUAGUAGACGUCCACGUAAUGAAUCUCCUGGGAGUAAGCGGACUCGCAAAAAAGCUGUGCAGACAGCAAAGGCUGAGAAAAGACAAGAAAAGAUUCCAAAAAGUGUCAAAAAACGGGCUACAAAACACAAAUCGUAG